CCUGCCUCUUUGCCUUCCUCAGAUCAAUGCCCUGGCCACUCACUUUCUGAUGUUGCACGACGGGAAAUGCUUUGAAUACUUGCGACAUGGCUGCGCGCAUUGAUUGCCAAGAUUGACAGCAUCGUCUUCUCUUGUCUGAGUGUGUGAGAGAGGGAGAUAAAGACCAGAUAGACGGUUAACAAAAGGUACUUGUAGUUUUGUACAACUGAACUUCACAGAGAGUGGACGGGAUCCCCUCCUAUGGCCCCGAGUGAGCAGACUUAAGUUUUCGCUCAACAGAUAGCUCGGUGAUCAUUUUCAGUAAAGUAUAGCCGAGACUAGUUGCUGUUCUUUGCGCACGGGGAAGGACGCAAAAGUAGGCAAUCAUCAGCACGGCUCACACCAACAAGGUUAUUUACAUGAAUUCAAAAUCAACCAACCAGUGAUCGCUGGAAGCUGAGUCUUUCAGUUUUUAACCCCACACGCUGACAUGGAGGGCUUUCUUCGUAGCAGCUUUUUACUGAGCAGAGUCAUGUCUUCCAAGCAAGCCACGUCUCCUUUUGCCUCUGUGGUUGAUGGGGAUGAUGCCAUGAGUCAGGAGCAUUUGUCUUGGGAGAAAGAGGAGAGCGCAGAGGCCCAUGGCACACCACAGCUGCCGCUGCACAGUCUGCUUCACGGAAAAGCCCCUGAUGAAAUGCAGCCGCUCAGCAGCGUACCAUCAGAAAGCGAUUGGGACAGCCUGGUGUCAGCCCAGCAGCGCAUGGAAUCUGACAGCAAUAAAGUAUGCUCCCUGUACUCUUUCCGGAACAAUUCCACUUCCCCACACAAGCCUGAGGAGGGGGCCCGGGAGCGAAGUGACCUGCUGAGCGGAUCAGCGUUUGGAACUCCAGAGCGCCGCAAAGGAAGCCUGGCAGACGUAGUGGACACUCUGAAGCAGAAGAAGCUAGAGGAGAUGACAAAGACAGAGCAAGACGAAUCCUCGUGCAUGGAGAAACUUCUUUCUAAAGACUGGAAAGAGAAGAUGGAGAGGCUCAACACAAGUGAACUGCUGGCAGAAGUAAAAGGUACUCCUGAGAGCCUGGCCGAAAAGGAACACCAGCUCUCCACGAUGAUCACUCAGCUGAUCAGCUUGCGAGAGCAGCUCCUGGCUGCUCACGAUGAACAGAAGAAGCUGGCUGCCUCACAGAUGGAGAAACAGAGGCAGCAAAUGGAGUUAGCUCGUCAGCAGCAGGAGCAGAUUGCAAGACAACAGCAGCAGCUUCUGCAGCAACAGCACAAAAUCAACCUCCUCCAGCAGCAGAUCCAGCAGGUCCAGGGUCACAUGCCUCCGCUCAUGAUCCCCAUUUUUCCACACGACCAACGCACUCUAGCAGCAGCAGCUGCCGCCCAGCAAGGCUUUCUCUUCCCUCCAGGAAUGUCUUAUAAGCCAGGUGAUAACUACCCGGUGCAGUUCAUUCCAUCCUCAGUGGCAGCUGCAGCAGCGUCAGGACUCAGCCCCCUCCAGCUUCAGCAACUGUAUGCUGCCCAGCUUGCCAGCAUGCAGGUCUCUCCCGGAGCCAAGAUGCCUCCACCCCCCCAGCCACUCACGGCUAGUGGGCCCAUUUCUCCGUCAUCUCUGAAGAAUGACAAGAGUUCCUCCAGCCCCAUCACUCAAGUCAAGGAGGAGGGAACACAGCCCCUCAACCUGUCUGCUCGGCCAAAGACGACAGAACUGAUCAAGUCUCCUACGUCCCCGACACAAAAUCUGUUCCCCGGCAGUAAAAGCAGCCCUAACAGCUUCAUGAGCAAGGCGGGUACCCCCAGCCCACUUGGAGGUCUGGGCCGGGGAUCUUCUCUGGAUAUUCUGUCCAGCCUAAACUCUACCGCGUUGUUCGGGGACCAGGACACAGUGAUGAAGGCCAUCCAGGAAGCUCGGAAAAUGAGGGAGCAGAUCCAGAGGGAACAGCUGCAACAUCACCAGCAGGGCAUGGAGGCAAAGCUGUCUGCCCUCACUUCAGUGGGCCUCAACAACUGCAGAGCUGACAAGGAAAGAGCACACUUUGACAGCAUUGGGCACCACCUUGGCAAGCUGGGUGAGGAUGGAAAGCUUGGCCACAGAGUUAUUGACCUCACCAGGCCAGAAGAUCUAGAUGGAGGCGCUGGACCUACCGAGGCGCGAGUCUUCAGGGAAUCUCGGGGAAGAAACAACAACGAGCCCCACAUUAAAAGGCCAAUGAAUGCAUUCAUGGUGUGGGCCAAGGAUGAGCGGCGCAAGAUCCUCCAGGCUUUCCCCGACAUGCACAAUUCCAACAUAAGCAAGAUUCUGGGUUCCCGGUGGAAGUCCAUGUCUAACCAGGACAAACAGCCCUACUAUGAAGAGCAGGCUCGUCUAAGUAAGCUUCAUCUAGAGAAGUACCCAAACUACAAGUACAAACCACGGCCUAAGAGGACCUGCAUUAUUGACGGAAAAAAACUCCGCAUCGGAGAGUACAAACAGAUGAUGCGUUCACGGCGACAAGAGAUGAGGCAGUUCUUUACUGUGGGGCAGCCACCGCAGAUUCCCAUCACCACAAGCGCCAGCAUGGUCUACCCUGGGGCCAUCACCAUGGCGACCACCACACCCUCACCUCAGAUGACAUCGGAGUGCUCAAGUGCCUCAGCGAGUCCUGAGCCAUCCAUUCCCGUCAUUCAGAGCACCUACAACAUGAAGCUAGAGCCCACUGGCAUGGUGAACAACAGCGAGCCGGUCAAUGGCGAGGAUGAAAUGGACAUGUACGAAGAUUUUGAGGACGAGCCCAAAUCAGACUAUAGCAGUGAAAAUGACACACAAGAGCCAGUCAGUGCCAACUGAGACCUUUUAACCGAAGAGGCCAGUGCAGAAACAGUACUCAUACAGGAGGAUGCCCAGAGGGCUGGUCUGAUCUGAGGGAGGGAAAGAACAAAAGAAAACAAAAACUACACCACAAAAGGUUUGAACAUGUUUAAAAAAAUAAUGAUUUAUCAUAUCGAAGCCAGCAUGCAGCUGUGGCUUCAUCUGAAUCAAAAGCUAUUUGGUCUUAAGUGUUUCUUUAAGUGUGUGAAGCAGUUUGGUUGUGGUAAUUUAUAUAUAUAUAUAUACAUAUAUAUAUAUAUUUUUUAUCUCAUUGUUUAUUUUUUGUUAAGAUCAUGGACAUAUAGACAAUUAGGUUAUUGCCUAAAACAAAAGACAACUUGAAAUUACAACCUUUGAUAUGAACCUAGGUAAUUCUUACUGUCAUUUACCUUCUUUUCCUCUUCAAUUAGAUGAUUUUGCUACAUUACCUAACUGUUCAAGAUGGGAAUAAUAUUCUCACUCAGGUAUAGCGUGCCAGCCAACAGCUUGUGAAUGUUUUUAAUCAAGAGAUAAAUAUGAACAAAAUAUCUCAAAAUGAUAAGGAGUGAUUCCAACGUAGUACAGAGGCUAAUUACACAUUAUUAUUAUUACUAUCAGUAAUAUUAUUAUUAUUAUUGUGUUUUUCUUUUUGUUAUUACAAAACAACCUAAUUUAGUGCGCAAGUGCCAAACAUUUCAAGUUGUUUCAAGUCUUUGAGUCUUAGACAAUCUCUUCAUCUCUUAAUGCAGCUUCAUCAUCCAGUCUUUCUUUAAUUUACCCAAACAGAAUAAACAAAUUAAACUCAGGAACUUGGAAGCAGCAAGCUCUGCAGGAGGUUACAAUAUGUUACAUCUGUCGACGGUAGCUUGUGAUGCUAGCUGUUCUUUGGGGAGGCCAAUGCAGUGAUCAUCAAUGAAGCCAGCCCUUUCAUUUCCUCAUCCCUGUCCACACAGAGCACCGUGGCAUCCUUCACUUAUUUCCAGCUCUGCAGUCCACUCUGACUCACCAAGAUCUUAAUCAGAGUGAUUGUAAUCAGGCCAGAAUGCUAAAGGGCCAAAGGCCUCCAAUCUGUGGGAUUGGAACAGUAGCGAAAGGCAGCUUUGGUGGCAUUACAAUCUUAAAUUGAUGUUGUACAAUGUGUAGCUACAGUGCGCUCUGUUAAACACUUUAGCCCCAUUUGGAUGGCAAGUUUAAAGUCUUAGGUCUUAAAACGUAAUUUUUUUUCUGAUCUUAAUUCUUUUUAGACAUUGUAAAUCUUAAACUGACACUAAGAAGUCUUAAAGGAGAGCACGGUCAUCGGGUUGAUGCAAUGAGUUGAUUACUGAAGUAGUCUUGAAAAGAAAUGACAGUUUGCAAGGACAUAGAGAAAAGACUCAUAUACAAAGGAUAAAAUACACAAUUUUUUAAUUAGUGCACUUAUAAACCUUCUAUCACCUAUGAGGCUUUUGAAACAUUUACAAUAAUCUGAUCAGCUUUAUACUGCUCUCAUUGUUUGCACUUCAAAAAAUACAGACUAAAUGCAAGAAUCAGAAAAGAGGCAACUCAGUCUUAAUGUAAGUUUCAAACCUGACAAGUCCUGACCUUCCAGCGACGGCAGAUAGAUAAAGCUCAUCUAGCGGUCAAGGUCUUGAUGUUGAGACUCAGAUCCUCUUUACAGGGCAGAAGGUCUAAGUGGCUCUCCUCCCUGCCAUGCCCUGCUCUGACCCCAGCCUGUGGCAACCUCAGCACCCAGGGGGCGCCAUCUGGCUCAGAGAAGGAGAAAACACCAGGGAAGGAUGGGAAACAAUAAAAAUGGUGUGUGUGUCGCUCAUUGUGCUCUCCAUCAAAGUGCUGGAAAUAAGGCCUCAACAGGGCUCCCACCCUGGCCCAAUCACCAGGCACUGGCGAGCAGAUGGAACAAGUACAUCAAGCUGUGGGGGAUUAUUAAAAUGACUGACGACUGGGUAUCAUCUGAAAUACAGCAUUAUUAAUGCAUGAGUCCAGCUAUUCCCCUCCCAUGCCCUUGAACCUGUCCAUUUCAGAGAGCGUGCAGAGCUUUUUUGGAGGACAUGAAUAUCUCGUCACGAGCUUUAACUGGUCAAGACGCUCACUGCUGGUCACUGCAUUUUUCUCCUAGCUCAAAUUGGUACAGACGGUUCUUUAAUGCUCUCUUAUCUUCUGUACUCUUAUUGUUAUUACCCAUCAGAUGCUGGCUUAUAUCAUUUAAACUUUUGGACAUAUUUAUAUUAAGUCAUGUUUUCCCCUUUUUAUUACCUCAUAGAUAAUUCAGAUUUUAUUAUUUUCCAUUGCAUCUUUUCUAUAUUGUUCUCAUUUUGAGGAACACGUCAUGAAGAUGCUCUCCUACAAACAAACCCAAGUGGAUUUCCCUCCAAGUCAACCUGUUUGGUAUUUCUAAACUGUUUGCUCCUGUUUGCUGGCGGUUAGAUGUAUUUGUAUGCGAUUGUAAAUAUUUUCAUGACUAUGCCACACUACUUUAGUGGGCUGGUAGUUAAAAAGGACUCUUCAUGGAACUGAAACUUGACUGAGCUUAAAUAGCAAAAAAAAAAAAAAAAAAAAAAGGACAAAAAAAAAGAACAAAAAAAGAAAGAAAAUAAUGACAACGAGAACUCACAAAGAGACAAUGUUUCAUAAGUGUUAUAAGCACUGGAUAUAAAUUGUAUUUUUAUCUAUUCUGAUUAAUGUGAAGCUGUUUUGAGGAAAAACAACACGAAUGAACAAAAUUCCCCAGUUGGACUCACGUGGGUUUGCUCUCACAGUUACCAGAUUUGAGUCUUUUUUUUUUCUUCUUUUUUUUGUCUGCUUGUUUUGUUUAUUUAUGCAAAGACACAUGUGAUGAAUGGACACUUUGUUUAAUCUUCAGGGCUGCCUAGAGGAGAGACUCAGCACAAGAAAAGUGAGCAGGAAAUUCAACAGCAGGCUCAGUGAGCCAUGAAAAACCAGACUUCAGUGCAUUGUAUAUUGCACGACAUAUUUAUUGUUUGCCACUGCUGGCUCUAAAAUUUUGAGUUAAAGACAUCAUGGACAAUCAGAUGAAUAAAAAAAAAAAAGAACAAACAAUUUAAUGAAUUGGAGCUAAACAUAGUUUUCAGUUAAUUCUCCAUCUCAUUAAGAUUUAAUUGUAAAUACAACAUAGGAAAUAUAUUUUUGUUCAUUAGUGAAGUAUAAGUUAUGUAUUUGGCUGUUUUAUUUUUUUUGUAGUAUGUGGUUUCAUGUUUUUAAAACCUGACAAGUCACUGUACCUCAUGUAGAUGCUUAUUUUUUUCCUCCUUAUUAGAAGAGAGCAGCACUGGUCCUGAAACAAAAAGACGAACCUCACUCGCUUAUGUUUUCAUGAUGCUCCCCAGACAAUUUGAAUAAUCAACGAAAGCUAAACUUGGUAACGAGUAUGGUACUUAUUCAGACAACAAGCACUUAAAAGAAUUAUUAAAUCGUGUGUUUCCAAUCAUCAUAGAACUUAAACGGUAUGCUGUAUAAUGCUCACUUGUGCUUUGUGUUUAGAAUAGCACUCAUAGUAUGUGGCACUUUUUUUAAUGAGUGCAAAAUCUGAAAAAAAAAAGAGUCUGCAUGCAUUUGGCUUGCAUUGACAUUAAUGUAACAAACAAAUGUUUUUAUGAAUGACUGCUUCAAACACAAAUGAUUUUUUUAUUGUUUUAAAUGUGGGAGCGUGCAAGUAUUUAUUUCAAUUUAUUUCAAUGUGGCAAAAUUCACAGAUUGUGCAUUCUUCUCAGUUAAUUCUCUACUUGCCAUCUUUUUGUAUGUUGCCAAUUUUUAAUGAACAUGUCCAUGACUAUCCAGCCAUCCCGAAAACGUAGCCCUCACAAUUUGUUUCUUUUCUUCCAAUUGCUAGACUCACAAAUGGUUUCAACAUUACUUACUGUAAUUUGAUUAUUUUUUUUUUCCGUCUGAAAUUUGUGAUGUGUAUAUGGUGGGAAUGUUCUCUGUGUUAAUUUAAUCAGCACAAUUCACUGACAUGCUGGACUGACAUGGUAGCUGCUGUUCAGAAGUGUAAACUUUUUUUGUUCAGGAUGACAUUUAUAGACGUCUUUGGUACUUUGCUUUUUAGCGUUGUUUCUCAAGCAACACUGUGUGGGGCUCUUCUAUCACUGGAGCCACUGUUUUGAAAUUGCUGGCAGCCUGAUACAAUUUUCCGCCUAGAAAUCUCUUAUCCCCCCCCUCCUCUGGCAGGUACCUAGGCCCAUGGAAAGUAUUGUUUUGGCUGUUAUUAGAGAAAUGAAUUAAAUAGUGUCUGUUGCUGCUUUAAAAAAGUUUAUGUCGGAAUAUGUAAAUAGUUUAUCAUAAUAUCUUGUACAGUCCAAUGUAAAGUUUUUAAUUCAACUUAAAAAAAAAUGUUGCCAUCACGUUUGUGUUCACAUUGUUCUUUAUACAGUACAAAAGGUCAAUUAUUUGCUAGGGAUAUUAUUGCUAAAAAGAAAAAAAAAUUAAAAUGUUACUUAGUUGUUUUUUUAUUUUAUAUUUGUUUUGUUUUGCUUGGCUUCAAAGUGUACAUCAGCAAGUCUUUGGUUUCCAUGUGCAGUAUUGACGUGAGGUAAACUUAAGGUGAAUAAUUUUACAUUGGUGUGUGUGUGGAAAGCAAUUUCUUUGGCUUUGGUAGUAUUAAUACACUAUAUCAAGUAAAAACAAACCGAUGAUGGACACACUGGGUGCAUCUAGGCACCUUAAGAAUGUGUAUACUGUAUAUGAUUAAAUUGUCCCCACAGGAUCAAUUCAGACAUAUUGUAACACCAUAUUUCUGUAAUAUCUCUGUCCAUUGUAACAAUGCAGCAGUGGGCUCAAUAACUGCCUGUUUUAGCUCAUUUACCUCAAGAAGUUCCUCCUUUUCUGUAAAAGAGACAGAAAUUGUGUUACAAAAAGCUCACAUCACUCCAUCUUUUGUACUGCUGUUGACACUUACAAAUUAAAGAGACAUUUUGUUUUAAGA